CGCCAAAGUUGCUCAGGCCAUGCUUCGCCGGUCGUCGGCCGUUCACAACUAACCAUCAUGAAAGCUUCGUGGUAGUCUUCCUAGACGCUCGCAUUUAUUAGCAGCCUUACCCAACAGAGUGGCCAUGUUGACAGCAGAGCUGGUGCAGCAGCUGAAGCUGUCCACUACACACCAGCAGAAGAAGCUUUUUGGGGCCCUCCUAGAGGCUGAAGCCGUCACCAACAUGGAGGAGUUCAGGAAUGUCCCAGUGGCCAGCAGUGAAGUGCUUCUCUCUGGCCUUGUGGAGUUGCUGCGCUCUUCAAAGGAUGCCACUAUGCUGACCAGAGGAGCUGAUGUACUGGCAACUGUUGCACAGAACAAGAAUUUCAGCUCAAAUGUCAAGUGUUUGCAGCUGUGGCUGCGUGCAGCCAAGUGCCUGGUUGCCAAGGAGGAAGUCAGUGUGGAUGCACUUCGUGCCAUCAUCCAGUGCCUCAAUGUGCUGACGCCCGGCAGUGCCACCAUGUCCGACUGGUGCCAAGUGGGGCUGCAAUGCGUGCUGCACCCUGAAGUGCGCGCCGAGGCAUACGCUGCCCUCUGUGGUCAGCGCAAGGCUGCCCUGACGCCACCCCCGGGGCGUGGAUGCUCCUGCACAUGUGGCCAUUAG